GCUCACUGGGUUUCAGUCUGUUCCGUUGCGACGAAGACACAGGGCACAUUUGGACUAACUUUUUAAUCGUUUCACACUUUAAAUCGACGCAGGAGUGAAUACCGGCGGAUUUUACCCUUCACAAGUCAAUUUAUCGCCUCUGGGUUGGGGAAUUUUAAUCAACUUCGUGUACUGGAUUUUUGUUGAUUUAGUUUUUAAUUUAACAAAAGAACUCAACGAAAAUGGGAGCCCAGUUGUCCAAGGGUGGAGUAGCCGUGGAUGGUAAAGCAGCGGGUGAUUCGGCAGCUGCCAAAACGAAUGGCCAGGAGAAUGGUCAUGUCAAGACCAACGGUGAUGUCUCAGCCAAGCCAGACGGUGAAACGGUUGCUGCUGAUGGCAAUGGCACAGCAGAGGUCGCCAAGGAGACCGAGGCUGCGGCCGGUGACACAAUCGAGCCAGCACCCGUGCCUGCCGAAGGGGAGACAGAGGCCAAGGCAGACGGUGAGGCCGCCAAGGAGGGCAAGAAGAAGAAGAAGUUCUCCCUGAAAAACUCCUUCAAAUUCAAGGGCAUCUCCCUGAAGAAGGGCAAGAAGGAGGAGGCCGCCUCACCCACGACUGAGGAGGCCAAGCCCGAGGAGAACGGCCACGCCGCUGAGCCCAGUGCUGAAGCCGAGGCUGCUGCUCCAGCUGCUGAUGCCGCAGAGGCAGCCCCCGAGGCAGCAGCCGAAGAGGCCAAACCUGAAGAGCCUGCCCCCAGCGAGGAGGCCCCACCCAGUGAGGAGCCCGCCGCCGCCGCAGCCGCUGAGGAAACGACGCCCGCCGCCGACGCCUCUGAACCCGAGCAGAAGGCGGAGUGAUGGGCGACACUGGCCCACUGCGACUGGACUGUUUUCUGUUUGCUUUUUUUUUUUUUUUUUUUUGUUUACUGUUUGUUUUAGUUUUUACAAUUUCUUCCUCCAAGAUUGAAAUAUAUAAAUAUAUAUAAGAGACUUGUGCCACACUAGGAGCCGACUGGCAGAAGAGAAGGCCGUCGCCACGUGGAUCACCUUUGACCUCCGACCCCUCACACGUGGCUCAGAGGGAACGACGCGGGACAACACUUUUUAAUAGAACGCACCAGGAGUAUUGACAGAUUUUCCCCUAUCCUCUCAGAAAAGGCAUCUGUAGAGACAGUGUGGUAGCCCUGUAAAUCUCUCAUUUUCUUUUUCUUUUUUUAUGGCCUCCUGGGAUCUGAACCCCACCAACAGGUGGGGCAUGACAAAGACUGCCCCUGACCCCCCCCCCCCCCCCCCCCCCCAAAAAAAAAACCUCGCUCCGCAUGAAGUCAAGUAUCUUAAUUCAUUUUUAAAGGUCUACAUUCCGACAUUUUCCACUGAGAAUAUUUCCAGUAUUUAGUCCUGUAUUGAAGGAGGAUUCCAAGGAGGGGAGUUGGCUUGGUCUGUGUUUUUAAAACUCUCACUUGGUGUCAGCCAUGUUCACAUGUUAUAACGUUUGACGUAGGGGUGUACAAAACGUGAGCCUUGUUUUUUUUUGUCUCUGUACAUAACGUUCUGGGUUUAUUAUUUUUCUUUUAUUUUGCUAAUGUUGAAAUAUGCUAAUGGUUUAAUU